AAGAAGAAUGACAGUUAUGAAUUUGAGGUUGGAUAUGUUUGUGAAAUGUUAAAAUUGUUUUUGUAAAAAAUGGCAGAAGCUGUUGGAAAUUGGUGCCUUAUAGAAAGCGACCCAGGUGUUUUUACGGAAUUAAUACAAGAAUUCGGUUGUAAAGGGGUACAAGUGGAAGAAUUGUGGAGCCUCGAUGGGGAACAGUUUAAUAAUUUAAAACCUAUACACGGUUUGAUAUUCCUCUUCAAAUGGACUAAAGACGAUGAUCCAUCGGGAUCUUUAGUCCAAGAUAGCCGAUUAGAAAAAAUCUUUUUUGCCCGACAAGUAAUAGAAAACGCAUGCGCGACUCAAGCCAUCCUCAGCGUAUUAUUAAACUGUCGACAUCCCGAUUUAAAAUUGGGCCCGACGUUGACGGAACUCAAAGAUUUCUGUCAAGGUUUCGACGCCAACAUGAAAGGUCUAACCAUAAGUAACUCGGUAGUUAUAAGGACAGUUCAUAAUUCGUUCGCCAGAGAACAGAUUUUCGAUUUCGGUCCUUCGGCGGGACAAAAAAACGAAGACGUGUUCCAUUUCGUGAGUUACGUACCGAUCGACGGGCGUCUGUACGAAUUGGACGGUUUGAAACAGGGCCCCAUCGAUUUGGGGGCCGUACCCGCCGAUACGGAUUGGACGGAGGCGGUCAGACCGGUUAUAUCGAAGAGGAUACAAAGGUAUUGCGAGGGGGAGAUCCAUUUCAAUUUGAUGGCUAUAGUCAGCGAUAGGAAAAUGUUGUACGAAAAGAGGAUCGAGGAAUUGGAAAAGCAGAAGGAUACUGAGGAGGAGAUAACUAGAUUGAGGAUUCUCGUCGCCGAAGAGGAGAAUAAGAGGCGUCGAUAUCAUAUCGAGAAUAUACGGAGGAAGCACAAUUAUUUGCCGUUGAUCGUUGAAAUUUUGAAGGUUUUGGCAAAGGAGGGGAGAUUGGUGAGUUUGUACGAGCAGGCGAAGGAGAGGAGCGUCAAGAGGCAGAAAAUGAAAGGAUCCAGUUGAAAUUUCGACGUUUCGUAUGAUGAUUCGGGUUUUAGCGAUCGAAAAAUCUAUCGGAUGAAAUGUGUUUUGCUCUUUUUUGGAUUUUGAAUAAAAAAAAUUUUCAACUACA